ACUGCAUCGUAAAUUUUUAUUAUACAAAAGACAAAAGAGAAUGUGUAUCAUAUACAUAUUGAUAACGAUUUAAGCGAAAUACUGGUAGUUUAGUGAUUGGCUUCUGUUCUAAUUUUAAAUUCUAAUACGAAGUAACAAUUUAACCAGUGAGCUGACUUUGGGAUCCUACAAUACCUACCUACAUAACAAUAAGACCGUAAGAAGAAAAAAAUUAAAUUGUUACGAAAAAUGUCUGAAAAACUCAACCCCGAAAAGUCCGAAAUAUUAUCUCAAGAAUGGACAUUUACUGUAUCUGUAUCCAAUAUAGGACCUAAGGAGAAGGUGGUUAUGGCAGGAAAUAUUGCUGAACUCGGAGAAUGGGAUUAUAAAAAAGUUGUUCUGCUUCACCAAGUUGAAGAUACAGAUAUAUGGACUAUUACUAUAAUUAUACCUAAUACUUGUGAUGUAUUCUACCGCUAUGCCAUAUGUCUUUUUAAUGAAGAAACCAAAGACAUAAUUGUACGGCGAUGGGAAACUAACAUUCAACCUAGAGUAAUUAAAGAAAAUAUGCUACAUCCAGUUACAGAUACAUUUGGUGAAUAUGGUGGAAAGCAAAACAUUUGUAGGGGAUGGCUGACCUCCCAAAGCUUAGUUCAGUUCAAAUUUAAUAACAAUCCUUUAAAACUAAAAAGUCGUUUUGUUGGUAGACUAAUAAAUAUAAAGAUAACUCCUGUUAAGUUAUCUUUUGGCGCUGAGCCUCAAAUAGAAGAUUCAUCUCUUAGUACAGAUACAGCAGAUGUUGAAAUUCCCGUUGGUGUUUUUGUUGAAAUAGCAACCCUUGAUAAUGACCCAUCUAUUUGUAACCUUCAACCUCAAGAACAAUUUGGUCGAGAAUAUAAGCCAAAUGAUAUCAUGUUAGUCAAUGUCUUAGCACCAAACCCUAAAAGUCUUGCUUAUCUCAUAGAUUUCUAUUCAUAUAGCACUCGUGCUUCGGUUGAAGAACCUCCAUGUCAUAUAGGGUAUACAUAUGUUUUGCCAAACAUGUUUAAGCCUUCAGAAGGCUCAUUGGAGUUGCCGGUUACCUGUAAUGUUAAGCAUCGACCCCUUGGUACAAUACAUUUUGAAUAUCUUAUUGUAUCUCCUAUGGAGGAUAGCCUCUGCAAUUUGGAAACAACUUAUGCUAAGCACUGGGAUCCAUCUUGGACUGGACUAGAAGUUGGCCACAGGGGAUUAGGUGCAAGCUUCAAAACUAAGGAGGGAAAUGCCAUUCGUGAAAACACAAUAGCUUCCCUUAAAAAGGCAGCUGCCAGCGGGGCAGACAUGCUGGAAUUUGAUGUGCAACUCAGUAAAGACAUGAUACCAGUAAUUUAUCAUGAUUAUCAUGUGUGUAUUUCAAUGAAAAGAAAAAAAGAAGUUGACUUCACAGAAAUGCUAGAAUUGCCUGUCAAAGAUUUGACCUUGGAGCACCUACAGAAACUUAAGGUGUACCAUUUAGUAGAAGGUCGUAACCAUGAAAUUUUGUUUUUUGAUGAAGAUUUAGAAGAACAUCAACCUUUUCCAACACUUGAAGAUGCUCUCAAAAAGAUAGAUGUACAUGUCGGUUUCAACAUUGAGCUUAAGUGGACUAUGGAAUUGAAUGAUGGCACCUUUGAACUAAAUAAUCCAUUUGACAUGAAUACAUAUGUUGACAAGGUCUUAGAAGUUGUUUUGAAACAUGCCGGAGAGCGUCGUAUUGUUCUUUCUUGUUUCAACCCCGAUAUAUGCACUAUGGUUCGAAACAAACAGAAUAAAUAUCCAGUCAUGUUUUUAACAGUGGGAGUUUCUGAAAAGUAUCAGCCAUACCGUGAUCCGAGGUGCUUGACUAUACCAGCGGCUGUCCAAAACGCUAUUAGCUCCGAUAUUUUGGGCAUUGUCGUGCACACUGAGGAUUUACUCCGAGAUCCUACUCAGGUGAAACUAGUGACAGACGUCGGUUUGGUCAUAUUUUGCUGGGGAGAUGACAAUAACGAUAAGAAUACUAUAAAAAAGCUCAAGGAAAUGGGCUUGCAUGCUGUGAUAUAUGAUAAACUCGACAAGUAUACCACUAAAGAAGUUAAGGAUAUGGCUGGUCCAACUGUAGCAGAGUAAAGGUACCACACACAGGUGUCUCAAAAACCAAACAAAUACAAACCUGUUAAAACUUUGAAUGUGUUCUAUGGUGUGUUUGGUUUUGGGUCAUUUGGUUUUUGUAAUUAAUAGGUAGACAGCGUGCUAAACAAUUUUGAUUUUUUUGUUUCUAAACAUUGGUCCCCAUCAAGCCUAUUUACAGAAUCUAUUUAUCAUAUUUUUUAUUAAAUUUGCCUGCAAAAGUUAAAGGAAUAAGCUAAGAUAAGGAUGAGAUACGUCGAAAUAGAAGACGUGUUUAAAUGCCUUUAACCUUUUCAGGAUAUAUCAAACUGCAUUGAGGUUUAUUAGCAUCCUUUAUCAUAAUAAAAAAAGUGUUGUAUCCAGGACGUAGCGCAGAUAAUUUUUAAACUGAAAUCAUGGAGAGUAUUUUUUAUUGCGGAAUAGUGCCUCUGAUAAAUCAGUUACGAAGUAAACUUCAUUUUUAGACUGUGUGUCUAGCAAUAAAUUAUUGUUACAUUUACAAUCGCUUUUACUUUUCAAUUUUACUCAUAAGUAAAUUAAAUAACAAUUAGGAGUAGAUUUAAUAUAUUUAUUGAAUAACAAAAAUGUGUAUAAAGAAUAUAUUAUUAAUGACUAAAUAUUAUAUGAAUAAAUAAAUUUUGUAAAGGACGGAAUGUUAUUUUUUAAUCACAACAACUAGCUACCUUUUAUAAAAUUACUUGAGUUUCUAAAACUGCUAUAAAUAUAUUUGGAAUACUAUGUCGAUUCCAUUGCAAUAAGUAUAACAAAAAAAUAAAUGAAUUUAUUAUUAUAAUACAAAUGUGUUAAAUCUUUAAAAUUGAUUGUGCGCAAAAUUAUUGCUACUCAUUUUAUUUCAGUUUCAAAUAUUCACAAACUUGAAUAAAAUUGAGCUUUGGCUUAAAGUUAAAAUUCCUACCUAUAUUAAAAUUCCAAUUCUAUCUAUACAUAUAUUUAUGUUAAUUGUAAGCUGAAUUACAUAGUAAACAAUAAUAAUUUAAUGAUA